UCCCGCUCGACUACUUUGUAGUUUUGAACACAUUUUCGUGAUUUUCCUCCUAAAUUUUCUAGUUUUAUCUUUUAUUUUGAAGUUUUUUUGCCAGAGGAUCAGGGUAAUUUUGUCUGUACCUGGCACUGUGCCGCGGUUAAGGAACCACUCCAUGGUGAUUGUACGCGGAAAUGGAAGUCGACAUUAACCCCUUCUGCGACUACCGUAACGCAGCUCCCCCAACGGACAGUGGUAGCUGCACCUCUUCCCAACAUGAUCCACUGGAAUGUCAGGAUGAAGAGGACGAAUCGAAGAAAAUCACGGAUAUGCGGAUUGUACAGCUGGAGAACCCGAGCAUCGACGACAGACGGCUCCUCGAUCAAGUUUACGAGGCUCUGCAACGUGGUAAAGUGUCGGGUGUACGCUGGAUUCGUGAGCAGGAUUUGUUGAGUGAACUGCAGAAACCCAAUACGUUGAAGGCUGUUUUUGUCCUUCCGAAGUUCGAGGGGAAUGCGUUCGAUCUGAUUCGGGGUAGAGGAUGUUGCAACAUCUACGGUCCGCGCUGUAUCUUGAGCUGUCUGGAGAACGAAUGGCCCUUACCCAUUAUGGAGGGCUGGCCGGUAGCCAAUAUGGCGCUGCGCAAGGUGGAAGUGUGCUGUUCCAACAUGGCUCCCGAAAAACGGAAUGUUGCGUACGCCAAAGUGGCGGCGAUGGGGGGAAAGGCGCGGAAGCAGUUGGUGGAUACGGUGACGCAUCUGGUGACUCCCAUUGUGGGCUCCCCGAAAUAUUUCGCGGCAUUGAGGAACGGGAAGUACGUCGUCCGUCCGGAAUGGGUGGAAGAAAUGUGGCGCUUAUCCACGACGGGUGUUGAGACUUGUAAUAAAAUGGAAAUUCUCUACAAACACCAGCUGGAUAUCUUCCAGGGUCUGGAGAUCUCCGUUUCCCAGCUGGACACGGCGCAACGUUGUCGGAUCAAACGAGCGGUAACGGAGAAUGGUGGUACUUUCACCAGCAUGCUGAACCGGAAAUCAACAAAAAUCCUCCUUUCCACUUCGAAUUUGGGUGAUAAAUGUCAGGCGGCGAGGAAAUGGAAAAUCGCCAUCGUCAACCCGAAAUGGGUCGAUGAUUCCGUUGGGAAAGGUUAUUGCUUGGAUUGGGCUAAAUACCUCGUGGAACCGACGCCGCCCGCUCCCAAAACGCCGGAGCAUGUCAAACAAGGUUCGAAUGGGCUACGCGCCACCUCCACGCCCAACCACGGAGCAAAAGGUACGCUGAACCAUUCUCUGGACAUUUCGGCGAUUCCCCAGAAAUCGGAGGACAAAUCCCGCCUGUCACCCAUCCCGGAAGGCGUGCUAAACGCUAUCAUUUUGGCGGAGGAUACCGUGCAGCCGGGUCCGGGCACGCAGGCGGUGAUGCGCCGACAGGCAUCCGACGAGGAGAAUAUGGUCGUCAAUGAGACCGCCGUCAAGCCGGCGGCCUCCGGGUCAGCUCCGUCCAAUCCUGCCACCACGGCGCCGGAAGAGAAAGGCAGCAAGCCAGCCAGCGUCCGUCUUCCUGUCGCCGGCGCUAAACCCGGCGUGCUGCCGCUGUCGAAGCGCAUUCUCAAUCUGGAACCCGAUCUGUCGCCCGUGGCGCCCAAGACCCUCAAGAGCGUCACCAAUGAGCUGCGCGAUCUCAUCUACCGCGAGAAACCCGUCAAGCCCGCGCCCCGCCUCCCCAAGGUCUUCAUCAAACCCCGCUCGAUUAAACGCCGCGGCCGGUUGGUGUGGAGUCAGGCCGAGCCGAACCCGUUUAAACAUCCUCGCCCGCGGGAUGAUGAAUCCGAUCUGGAAAGUGACGAAGGCGACGACCGACAGGAGAACAGCGAUGGGGAAAUAGACGAGGUGGCCGACGACGACGUCCAACCGGAAACCCCGGCCGCUGUCAAAACCGAACCGUCGGAACCGGUUCCGAUCGAAUCCGGGACCUCCGCGCCCGUCCCCACCAAACAGGAUCCUUCCGAGCCCACUUCCGGUAAAUCCAGCAGCUCCGGAACGGUUACUUCUGGAUCCUCCGUCACGCGGAGCUCGGCGUCGACGUCGACCAAGUCCGGGACGUCCAGCGGUGCCUUCGGUCCGUCGGGAUCGCGCUCGGCGUCCUCCGGGGCCAUUUCCGGGCCGUCCACCCGCUCCGGGACCUCUGCGUCGACCAAAUCCGGGUCGUCGGACGCCAUUUCGUCCAAAAGCGGUUCCACGCGUUCCGGGAUGAUCAAUCUGGGGGUGGCUCCCUCCCUGCUCCCCGCCGCGCAGGGUGCGACGAAUUUGCUGGUGGGGAAGCAGAAAUCUGCGGAGGAGAUGAAGGAGAAGACCGCCACCGGGUUGAUGUCGAAGUUUAAAUCGGCUGAUCAGCUGCCGAAGGUGGGCGCGGCGCCAGGAGCGCCUAACAGCCGCAGUGUGCCGGUGGUGCCGCAGCGGAAUGUCGCGGAGAAGCCGGCGAUGUUGGUGGGGAAGAAUGUGGAGAAGAAGCCCGGGACGGAGGAUUGGGAUAGUCUGGAGAUGGAUAGUGCGCUGCUGGAGGGACUCCAGGCCGCCGAGAACGUGGUGAAAUCGCCGGCCGCGAAGCCAAUGACCGUGAAUGUGCCACCACCUCCCCCGCCGGAGCCGGUGUUCUGCUUCUCCGGCCUGUCCACGGAAGCCGAGAAGCGGACGCUGAUCGCCGCGGUGAUGAAGCUCGGAGGGAAAUACAUCGAUUCCGUCCAGUAUGAGCCAGGCUGUACGCACCUCCUCAUCAAGGUCCCCACGCGCAAUGAGAAGUUUCUGGCGUACGCGGCGGCCGGUCGAUGGAUACUGCACAUGCAGUACAUUCAGGAUUCCCUCACCACCGGACACUUCCUACCGGAGGAAAUGUAUGAAUGGGGCAACAUGGAGAAAGCGGCCAGCAUCAACACCGCCAUCAAAGCCAACGAUUUGGCCGCGGCGGGAUGCCACUGGCGGCGACAUGUCAAGCGCACCGGCCAGGGCGCCUUCGCCGGCUGGAAAGUGGUCCUGGUGGCCGAGGCCGCCCGCGCCAAAGGCUACGCCCGCGUCCUGCAGGCCGGCGGCGCCGUCGUCCUAACCGACAAAGCGCCGUAUGCUCCCUUCGCCAGCACGGCCACGCAUCUCCUGCAGGAAACCAAGGGUCCGACGAUGGAUCCGGCGGAAUUGGCGCGCUACAAGGCGGCCGGCGUGUCCUGUCACGCGGCGGAUUAUUUGGCGCAUUUUCUCUGCAAUCCCAACGGGGACGUCGCCAAAGGGACCAAAAGUCGCCCGGCUCCGCAGGACGAGGCGCCCAGUGCCAAACGGAUGCGCCGCUGAUGUUAACGAUUGUUGUACUCCGUCCGCUCAGUUUUUGUAGCGUUUUUUUCUGUCCAUUUGUGUAUGCCAUGUCUUUUUUGGUCCUUUCAAGUUUUGUAGUUUUCUCGUGGCUUUUCUUUAUUCCUGUCAACCGUUGUGAGCCCUUUUGCUGGUAGUUUUUUUGGGGGAAUUAUAAUAUUACUUUUUGGAUGGUUUUCCUCAUCUUAUAUGAACUCCUGUGUAAUAUAUUACAGUAUGCAAAAUAUAUUGGCUAAAUUUGUUGUAUUUUGUUUUUAUGUCCAAUUUAAUAAAAAACUUAUUUGA